AUGACCUCCGGCACUGUUAUCCCCGAGGAGCGCCCUGUGGCAAACCCAUCAGAAAAUGAUCCUUUAUUGGCCCAUUCGGAAGACGUCGGGCAAGAUGAAAAGAACGUCUGGUUCAAUCUAAUUGCGGAUUCCGCCGGUCUUGCUCAGAUUGGGAUUUGGGUUCUCGCCGCUCUUGUCUGGUCCAAGAUCUUAGCCCAGCCAAUCAUCCUCUUCACAGCCCAUCCACUCCUUGCCAGCUCAGCUCUUCUCCUCCAAAUCCAAGGAAUCCUCAUCCUUCAACCCACCACCACCGCAACACCAUCUCAAAAACGUACUGGAUCGCACAUUCAUUAUACAAUCCAACUAAUAAGCACUACCCUCUUCCUUGCUGCCUUCAUCAUCAUCGAAAUCAACAAAGGCUCCCAUGCCCACUUCACCUCCGCCCACAGCAUCCUCGGGCUUCUCACCGUUAUCUUUGUCGUGUGCCAGUCUCUCUUCGGAGUCGUCCAGUACUUCCUGCCAGAACUGGUUCUGGGCAGUGUCGACAACGGAAAGAAAUUAUACAAAUACCAUCGUUGGAGCGGAUAUGUGGCGUUGCUGGUGCUGGAGAUUCCGGCUGCGAUCUGGGGGGCGACGCAGACGGACUACAGCAUAGGUUUCUUGCAUAUCCCAUUGUGGGCUGUCUUGGCUGCGUCUGCUGCGGUAAUAAUUGGCUUGGGUGCGAGGAUUAAGAAGCAGAAGUUGGGAUUGGGAAAUUGA